GCAUCACGGGAUAUCAUGACGUAAUGACUAUGUUCGCCGCCAUUUUCCUUGUGCGAACGCCAAGGGGUGCACGUUGUUUCCCUACUCCUUAUUUUUUCGGAUUUUCUUUCGGCGUUAUGCCCAAAAAGAAGGAUAAAACGAAGUCUUCUGCCCACGGGGGCGAUUCAGGUAGCCUUUCGGAGGACCAGACAGGUCGGAAUGGCAAGAGAAGUGGUCAGUUUCCCAACGCUAGGCAGGCAAAAUUCCUUGCCGUGGAAAAGACAGGCGUGCCUGUACUUGCCUCCGGACAGGAGGAAGAGGAGUCGGGUGAACGAAAAGUCCCCGCUCCUACAGCUGGAGGUUCGGAGGGAAAAGAGAAGAACCCCAACCUCAUUCCGCCGCUAGUGGAGCGAAAUGCCCCUUCGGCGUUGGCACUGGGAAAAUCGGCCAAGGAAGGAGACGGCGCGGAGCUGCCCCGGCCCAAAAUUCCUCCGGGCUCGGAGGAGUUGGGCUCCCCGACCAUGCCGAAGCUUGGUCGGGAAAAGUCUCCUCCACCCCCACCUCCACCAGGAACACCCUUCCCGCCUGGAUUCGACGCUGCCUCUUUUCUUCAGUGGGUCAGUUCCAGCCUGGGACUUCCUCAGGCGUCCAGUUCAUCCCGCCAACCUCGGGACGUUGACGGGGCGGUAGCGUCGACCAGCCGAGCCGGCGUAGUCGGUUCCGGGCGCAAGCAUCCAGGUUCGGAAGUGGAAGAGUGUUCGGAGGAGGGGGAAAUCACCAUUUCGGACUCUGAAGAGUCUGAUGAAGGUACUAGUAACUCCUUGUCAUUCGAUAAUCCUUACGAUAAGAAAGGGAAAGAAUCUGAACUUCCCGAGCAAGUCGCUACAUUUUUGACCGAGGUCUUUACUCAUAAAUUAACGUAUGCGGAGUUCAAGGAGAGGAAGGAAGCUUUUCCAACUCCACCUAGCGUGGAGUUAGCGCUUCGGGCACCCAUUCUAGACCCAGUAGUGGCGAAUAUGAUUAAGAACGACACCGUCAACACGGAUAAGAAUUUUAGUGAUUGUCAGGAUAAGAUGCUCAUGGCUGCUAACCCUCUGGUGGAGCUUUUAGCGGCAGUUAAGGGUUCGGACCAUCCCCUGAACCCAAAUGCUGUGUGUAAAGCGAUAGAAUCGUCCUUGGUCUUUUUGGGUUCAGCUUCCUCUACUAUGACUCAGUACAGAAGGGAAUUGUGCGGCAGGGACAUGAAACAGGAUAUGAAGCAUGUUUUCAAGACCGACUUGCCCACUGGUUCUUCCAAAUACUUGUUUGGAGACACCUUUUUGGAGAAGGUUAAUACAGCCGAUCAGGCUAGACGCACCUUGAGUAAGGCUUAUAAGCCAGCCCCUUCGAGUACUUCUAGGGCUAGGGACAGGUUUCAGUCCAACCGCUCGAAGUUUAACAACAACAACAACUACAACAAUGCUAGACCAUGGUCAAAUGCCGGGGGUAAGAAAACCUCGGGGUUUCGUUCAGCGCAGGGCACAAAAGGCCCAAACAAACAGUAGCUCUUCCUCGUCAUCAGACUCUGCUCUGU